AUGGAAAAAGAUAUAGCUGUAGGUAAAAGUUAUACAAGUGUAGAUUGGUCUAAACUUAAGAAGUUGGAAGAGUUAGAUCUAUCCUACAAUAAUUUUGUGGGGAAACUUCCCUCAUCUUUUGUCAAUAUGACAUCACUUCGAACUUUGAAACUUACAAAUAAUCACUUUAUUGGUAAUAUUGGUCCUAACCUUGCAACGUCACUUGAGUAUCUCAAUUUUGAAGGAAACCAAUUUGAAUUCCCCAUUUCAUUUGCACAAUUUUCAAAUCAUUCAAACCUUAAUUUCAUCUAUGGUAAUGGGAAUAAAGUUAUCCUUGACUCACACUUACCUUUAAAAACAUGGGUUCCAAAAUUUCAAUUACAAGUGCUUCAACUGUCUUCAAUAUCUGUUGUCAAUUCCCUUCCACUUCCAAACUUUCUUCUUUAUCAGUACAGUUUGACUGAUGUGGAUUUCACCGGUUGUAAACUGAAAGGAAUGUUUCCACAUUGGUUAUUAAAAAACAACACAAAAAUGCAAGUUCUUAGACUUAGGAAUUGUUCCUUUAUAGGAGAUUUUCAACUUCCUUCCCAUCCUAAUCUCAACCUGGCAUCAAUUGAUGUAUCAAAUAAUGCAAUGUUAGGUCAAAUGUUGAGCAACAACAUUAGUUCGAAUUUUCCAAAUCUGAAUUAUCUAAACAUUUCUGAAAAUGAAAUUCAUGGUUCAAUUCCUCAUGAGCUAAGUCACAUAGAUACAUUAGAUCUUUCUAAUAAUCAAUUUUCUGGAGAAUUACCAAGGAAUUUAACUAUGGGUAUUUCUUAUUUGAGUAUUUCAAACAACAAUCUUCAUGGGCCCAUACCUCCAGCAUUGUCAAUGUACUCUUCUAUCACAUUGUUGUUGGACCAUAAUCAUUUUUCAGGUAGCCUUCCAAGUAACCUUUUUAACUCAACUUAUAUCCAUCAUUUGGACAUUAGUUAUAAUAAUUUGGUUGGAAAACUUCCAAGCCAAAUUCAAAGUACUCAAUUGGUCGAGCUUUUAAUGUCUAAUAAUUAUUUUGAAGGAUCUAUUCCAUCAGAGUUGACCAAUAUUACAACACUUACUUACCUAGAUCUUUCCCAAAAUAAUUUGUCAGGUUGUGUUCCCUCUUUUCUAAGUGAUUCUCUAAGCUUUAUCCAUUUGAACAACAAUAAACUAAGUUGUUUGUCCAAGCACAUGUUCACAGAAAGAUCUUCAUUAUUGAUUCUAGACCUUAGCAACAAUGAAAUAACAAAUGGAAUCCAUGAUCUAAUACACAACCUCCACUACACAGAGUUAAACAUCCUCCUUAUGAAAGGUAAUCACUUCACAGGGGAAAUACCAAAUCAGUUAUGCCACCUAACGGAUUUAAAUAUACUAGACCUUUCUUAUAAUAAUUUUAUUGGGGAAAUUCCUAAUUGCUUGGGUGAAAUGCCUUUUGAAAAUAAAGACCCAGAAGGUUCAAGAGAUCGAUUCAAUGGUGUGGUUUAUGAUAAAGGACGUUACAAUAAUCGACACGGGAAAGAGAGAGACAGAUUUACGUCAAAGAAAAGAUUGGAAACUUAUACAACAAAUAUUCUUAUUUAUAUGUCUGGGAUUAAUUUAUCUCAGAAUAAACUAAGUGGGAGUAUUCCGUAUGAGCUUGGAAAUUUGACAAGAAUCCGAUCAUUGAACUUGUCCAACAAUUUUUUCUCCGGGAAAAUUCCAGCAACAUUCUCCAAUUUGGUGCAAGUGGAGAGUUUAGAUCUUUCUUUCAACAUGUUGAGUGGCCAAAUUCCUCCUCAACUAAGUGGAUUGACUUCCCUUGAAGUAUUCAGUGUUGCACACAACAAUUUAUCAGGCACGACACCAGAAAGGAAAGGACAAUUUAUUACCUUUGAUGAAAGCAGCUAUGAAGGUAAUCAAUUUCUCUGUGGGCCUCCAUUGUCAAAAAGUUGCAAUCCUGCUCCAUUACCUAAUGGCUUGAACAAAGAUGGAGAUAAUGAUAGUUGGGUGGACAUGUAUGUUUUCCUUGUGAGCUUUGUGGUGGCAUACACAUCAACGUUGUUGGUAAUUGCAAUUGUUCUGUACAUCAAUCCUUAUUGGAGGCAAGCAUGGUUUUACUAUAUAGGAAUAGUGUGUAUGAAUUGCUUCUACUUCUUAGAAGACAAUUUAUGUGUGUUCUAAUUAUUAUAAUAUAUAAUAUGUGAAGUUGCAUGUCAUGAAUAUGUAU